AUGAAGUCCCCAAAUGUGUCCACUGUUACUGAAUUUCAGCUACUAGGAUUCCAGAACCUUGAGUGGCAGACCUUGCUCUUUGCGAUCUUUUUAUUCAUCUACUUCCUCACAGUCACAGGGAAUAUUGUCAUUAUUGCAGUGGUGAGCCAGGAGAAGCGACUGCACUCACCUAUGUACACAUUCCUCAAACACCUCUCCUUUCUGGAGAUUGGGUACACGUCCACCACUGUGCCCCUUCUCCUGGCCAACCUGCUCUCCCAGCGCCGAGCCAUCUCCUUCCCGGCCUGUAUAGCACAGCUCUACUUCUUUGUGUUCUUUGGGGCUACAGAGUGCUUCCUUCUCGCCAUGAUGGCCUAUGACAGGUAUCUGGCCAUUUGUAGCCCACUGCACUACUGUUUCCUGAUGAGUCCUGAGAUCUGUACCAAGUUGGUGGCCAUCUCCUGGCUGACAGGGCUUGGCACAGGAUUUCUGCCCUCCCUGAUGAUUUCCAAGUUGGAUUUUUGCGGACCCAACCAGAUCAAUCAUUUCUUCUGUGACCUCCCACCCCUCAUGCAGCUCUCAUGUUCCAGUGUUUAUAUCACCGAGAUGGUCAUCUUUAUCCUGUCAGUUGCUGUACUGUGCAUUUGCUUUUUUCUUACACUUGUGUCCUAUGCUUUUAUUGUGUCCUCCAUAUUGAGGAUUCCUUCAGCCUCUGGCCGAAUGAAGACCUUUUCCACGUGUGCCUCUCAUUUGGCUGUUGUCACCAUCUACUAUGGAACCAUGAUCUCCAUGUACGUUCGCCCCAGUGCUCACCUGUCACCUGAAAUCAACAAGAUAAUUUCCGUCUUCUACACCGUGGUCACCCCAUUGCUGAACCCUGUGAUCUACAGCUUGAGGAACAAAGACUUCAAAGAGGCUGUUAGAAAAGUCAUGAGAAGGAAUCAUGGCAUCUGUGGAGUAAGAAGGAAGGGAAGUUUCUUUGUUAGAUAA